AUGUUGGGACGGCUCGUGUUGCUCUUCUGGAUCCCAUUCGUCCAUGGGACCUGCAAUAUCUCCCUGAGCUUGGCCCCAUCCGCCUCAACCUUCCAGUUUGGGGGGUCGGUGGUGCAGCCCCUGGCGGCCCCGCUCGCCCUCGUCCCGCCCACCCUCGUCACGGGGCUGCAGGGUAAUGUCCUGCUGCUGCUUUCAGAUGUCGAUGCCUGCCCCACAACGGGGGAGGGCGUGCUGGCAGCCCUGCCGGGGGCCACCCUCUCCACCACUAACGCCACAGGCAGGCUGGCCAUGUACCCCACCACAGUGCUGCUGGAAAGUGGGACCCUGGUGAACCUGACAUGGCAGGACGUGGAGUUCGACCUCUCCACCACGGCCUUCGUCCCCGGCGCGACGGCAGACAUCUUUGCCGUGGACGCCUCGCUGCUGGUCAGCGGCGGCGGCUCCACCCAGACCUCUCUCCUGGCCACCAACCAGCCCGUGCCCCUGCUGGGCAUCAACGGCACCGGCUCUGGCACCGUGGCUGUGACCGGCGAUGGCCAGGCGCUGAACCUCACCCUCUCCGGCCUGGACCUGACCAUGGUGGGCGAGUACGAGGGCACCCUCGGCGGGAGCCCGUUGCGAGGUGUGACCAAUUACACCGUCACAGACCUGCGCCUGGUGGCCGGCACCGCUCUGGGCUGCACACCCGCCUGCGGCGAGCACGGGCGGUGCAUGGUGCCGCAAAACGGCGCCACCGCCCAGCCCGCUUGCGAGUGCGAGUGUGGCUGGUCGGGGGUGGCGUGCACGAUGGCGGCAGGGUACUGUUCCGCCUUUCCCCUGGACGCCGGCGCGAGCUGCCCGGAGAGCGCGAAUGCCAGCCCACCGCCCCCCAGCCCGCCACCGGGGCCCGCCCCGUGCGUCGCCACACAGACCUGCAGUACCCUCCAGGUGUACAAUAGCUCGACGGCCGGCUGCGACUGCGCUGAGGACUGGGGGGGGCUGGGGUGCACAGCCUGCCAGAAUGAUGGUGCCUGCUCGGCCCUCGUGCCAGGACUGUCCAGCGGGACCUGCAGCUCCUCGCGGAACUUCACUGAGCAAACCGCCUUCCUGAGCUACCAAUGCGACCUCGAGGUGAAUUUUGCGCUGACAUCAUCAGCAGACAACCCCUUGUCGUGCCGGGCUUCAAACUGUGCCUUCCAGCUCGGAACCAGCAUCGCGCAGUGCAGCAGUGUAUCCUGCUCCUGCAAGGAGGCCUGUCCGGUCGACCUGCAGGGAGUCCUGGACGUGAUCGAGGGCAACCCCUGCACGCUGAGCUGCAACGAGGUCACGGGGGAGUGCACGUUUGACAUCCAGGACUUUUUCGUGACCCUCAUCGCGCCCUGCACCAACGCCCAGUGCAUCGUGGAGGGGUACACCGCCAGCCAAGGCAACUACGUGGCCCCCGCAUCCAGCAAGAACUACGACCCCGUCAUCGCCGCCAUCCCGCUGAUGGCGCUGAUCGGCCUGGUGGGGUUCCUGCUGGCCUACCUCCUCUUCCACCCCGUCGUCUGGAGGUCGGGGGGCGAGGGCCGGCCGACCGCCCCGGCGCCAGCCCCUGCAUCCGGCGCCCUGGGGAUCGCAGCGCCGGGGUCGCUGGGCGGCGGUCCCCUGUCGCUUCGCUGGGAGGCCGUAGGCUGCGUCGUCCCCGCCCCGGCGAGCGGGGUGCUGGGUGCCAUGGGGGCGGCCUGCGCCCCAUGGGGCGCGCGGCGUGGGGCCGGCGACGGCCUCGCCAUCCUGCAUGGGGUGUCGGGCCACGCCGAGCGCGGCGAGCUGGUCGGUCUCCUGGGGCCAUCAGGAUCCGGCAAGACCACGCUGCUGGGGAUCCUGGCACAGUCGGGGGAGGCGCUGGACCGCCGCGCGGCCCUGACGGGGCGGGUGGUCAUGGAGGGCAGCCCUGCACGUUGCGGUCCGGGCCCCGCCUUUGUCCCCCAGGAGGACACCCUGCUGGCCACGCUCAGUGUGGAGGAGUGCGUGCGCUACGCAGCCCUGCUCAAGGGCACUGGGGCCGGUGUGGGCGCCUCGCAGGGCGACAUCGCGGCGCGCGUCACCGCCGUGCUGCAGGAGCUGGGGCUGGAGGGCGUGGCGCGGUCGCGCGUGGGCGGCGCCGCGCUCUCCCGCCGCGGCAUCUCCGGCGGCGAGCGGCGCCGCGUGUCCAUCGCCAUGGAACUUGUGCAUGGGCCGGGGGUGCUCAUCCUGGAUGAGCCCACCUCGGGCCUGGACUCCUUCACCGCGCUGAACCUGAUGCACAGCCUGAAGAGGGUCGCCAGGGCCGGGCGCAUCGUCGUGCUCUCCUUCCACCAGCCCUCCCCGGCCAUGUUCUCGCUCCUGGACCGGGCCUACCUCCUCGCGCGGGGGCGCGCGGUGUACGGCGGCGACCCCGCCUCGGCCGCCGCCUUCUUCAAGUCGCGCGGCGUGCCCUGUCCCGCCGGCGAUGCCAUCGCGGAGCACAUGCUGCACGCCGCCUCUGACCCCGUGACCCUAGGCGCCCUGCUGGCGGGGGUGCAGGGAAAUGGGGCCGCGGGCGGCGGCAGCCCUCGAGUCCUGCCUGCCGGCCAUGGAACGGUUGGUGCUGGAAAGGAUGGAGCCGCCGAGAAGGGCCCAGCAGACGCGCAGGAACUGGCUCUGGUGGAGCUGGAGGCGGGGCCGGGAACCACUCGAUCAGGCACGGAGGGGUCGCAGGGAGUGGACGCAGCGGGGCGCGGCACGGUCUCCGACCCUGGCCCCGGCCGCUCGCGCUCGCUGGAGCUGGCGGUCCUGUUCUGGCGGGCGGGGCUGGACAUCGCGAGGAACCCCUCCCUCCUCCUCCUGCACUGGGCCAUGGCAUUGGGCAUGGGCAUCUUCACCGGCUGCAUCUUCCUCAACGUCGGCCUCGACAUCUCCGGGGCCCAGAACCGGGCGGGCGGCCUGUUCUUCAUCCUCGCCUUCUUUGCCUUCACGAGCCUGACCGCGGUGGACUUGUUCAUGGCCGAGCGGCGGCUCGUCAUGCGUGAGAUCAAAGGGGGAAUGUAUCACCCUGUCUCCUACCUCGUGACGAAAGCCGCUCUGGACGGUCUCCUCCUGCGCGUUAUUCCUGCUUUCCUGUAUGCAGCGCCAUUCUACCCCAUGAUGGGGCUGCAGUCCGACUCCACGAUCGUAGCUGUCUUCCUCUUUGUGCUGGCCACCUUCUCCCUGGUGGUAGGCGCCUUUGCACUGGCAGUCACAGUCGGCUGCACGACAGCAGGGAAGGCCAGCCUGGUGAUGAAUGUCGUGCUCCUCAUCUCCCUCCUGGUGGGCGGCUUCUUCGUGAACGUGGCCUCCAUCGCCGCCUGGAUCAGGUGGCUGCACUACGCCUCUGUAUUCUUCUACGCCUACACUGCCCUCAUCACCAACGAGGUGGCCACCCUCUCCCUCGACUUUGUGGUGGAGGGCUACGCUGCGGUAAAGAACGUGAGGGGGGUGGCCUUCCUGAACAUCAUCGGCGUGGAUGCGGGGGACCUGACGCGCAACAUCAUCAUCCUAGACUGCCUCUAUGCCGGCCUUCUGCUGGUCGCCAUGCUUGUGCUGUGGCUGAGGCUGCCCACCACAGCAAGCAUGGCACGGGUGAGCCGGCGCUGA